AAAAUGGUUAGCAUCUUGUCUGAUAUUUCUCAGAAAUCCAUGGAGCCUUGUCCAAUUUCUUACCGCAUUAAAAAGUUUGAAAUUUCUUCUGUCUUAAUUGAUCUUUUAACAUCUGGAAACGGUCAAAAGGCAAGACUGAUGGGAUGUCUAUUUCCAAAGUCCCUCAAUUUCUUCUUAGUUUUCUUCUCCCAUGUAAAUUUUCUCUACCAGGGCAAUUGCCAUGACCAUUUGAGUUCUUCUUUAUUUUUAUUGUUACUAAAAUCAGCAUCGUCUGUCUACUGAUCCACACACAACAUGGCUCGCUUUCUUAUCCAAGCGCCCUUCAGCUAAUACUGCCCUCUUUCAAGAAAACAAGUGCUUACAUUGCCCCCUUUUGAUUCAUUCCAGACACAGGAACAAUAAAGAAAGAAAGAAAGAAAGAAAGAAACUCUGUAGAAGGAAGGGAUGGCAUGUUUUGUGCCUUUCAACAACAGAAAUUUGGAGAUAAGCUUUUUUAUCUUCAGGCCAAUAGUUGCGUUGGUUGAUGAGCUUGUUGAGACGCUAAAACAUUUCUCUUCUUGCACUGAAAGUCUUGGCUGUGUUCAAAGUUCCAUAUUCAAAAGCAUCCAUGGAAAUAUGAUCGUAUGGUAUGGAGCAUGGAUGAAGAAAUCUUGCGAAAACAAAGAGGAGUUAACUGGAGAGCUAGUAUCUAUGUUAUCAAACAUAUCAAGCAUGGCUAUCUUGAUUGAACAUAGCUUUUUUGAUGCGUACGCUGGAGAAUCAAGAGAUGAUUCCUCUGCUGCAAGACUUUCCACAGAAGACACAAUUUCUAUGAGCAUAAUAGUAUCGCCGAGAGCUGACGAUAUCAAUGACCUCUCCUAUGCCAACUUAGCUUUAUUCAAGUCUCAGUUCCUUAAGAUGGAAGGUGCUAAUUCUGGAGUAUGCUUGACUUGCAAAAGUGUCCAGCAGCCUAGAGUGGCAUGUCUUUAUGUAUGGAAAUCUCUGCGUUUUUGCUAUUCAUGGAUUCUAAAUUCCGAUUACAGGAGGACCAUACUACCUUAUCUUGAACGCUUUUCUUUUGUUAUCAAGUAUGACAUGUUUCGGGUAAUCUUUGUCAGUAGCGACAAUGUACUAUAAUUAUCAUCUUUCUUAUCAGAUCAUGCUAAAAAAUGAGGAAGAAGCAAAGAAGAAGAGCAGCUUGUUAUGCAAGAUUGAGAAAGGUCAAUUCUAUCUUAGUAAUGUAAAUUCAUUUCCUCUUUUAUAUUUCUUAUGAAUGAAAGAUUUUCAUUUAUCGCA